AUGAAUUAAGAAAUUGAUUUGUACAUGAUUAUAAUAUUUCAUAUUGACAAUAAACUUAAGACUCUAGCUCCAAUAUUCUACUCUAUAAUAUUUGUGAUAUAUUUGGGUAACAAUAUUAUUUUUGGAGAAUUGUUAUUAGGGUACAAUUUAUAUUUCAAUAAAGAAAGGCAGAACCAUUUCAAUAUGUCACUAUCACAUUAUGUUUUAGUAUUGUGAUUAAUUAUUGCUUAAUAAAAUUAUGUUCUUAAUAGUAAGUAUAUGUAAGUCAAGAAAUUCAUUUGAUUGCCUUAGGAUUUGCAAUGUUAGUUUUAAGUGCACUACUUAGUUAUAAAUAUAAUGUGAUACCUUUUUAUUCUAUCAUCUUAAUCAAAGGUUGGAUAGCUUAAGCAAUCAAUGAAACUCAUCUCUUAGGAGAAAUGUAUUAAAAGAAAGAACUAUUAUGUUUUAUUGUAUAAAUAUCAAUCAUAUAUUAUAGGGUAUUUCAAUUGGAGCGGUACUAUGUACUUUUGAAUGGAAAUUUUAAUUCUUCGGAGUACUUUUUGGAUGGAUUGGUGCAGCAUCAAUGGUAAUAAUAGGUCAUAAUUUAAAAAAAGUCAAGAAAGUUAGAACACACACUAUUACAUAAUAUGUCAUGAUCUACACUAUAACUGUCCUUGGAUUGUAUUAUCCUAUUCAUUAAUUUGGAACAUUUAAUAUUGAACUUAUCAUCUAUUCUAUUAUCAAUGGAGUUUUAUUCCCACUUUUUUGUACUUUCUUUUUCCAUGGAUUUUAAAUUGGAUAUCCCUCAAUGAAUUUGGCAAUAUUUAUGCUUAUUAAUAUGAGUGGUGCAGCAUUAUAAAUUGGAAAUCAAUUUGAUAUGUUAAGUAUAAUUGGCAUAUUUAUUUGUUUGUUUUCUAUGUACUCCAUCUUAAUUAUCUAUAUAGCUCUUAUCUUUUGCUCAAUCACAAAUCUUAUAUAGAAGUAGCUGGUUUUGAAAUAGAAGCAGAAGAAAAUCCAUAUUAUGAACUUAAUUAAUAUCAUUAAAGAAUCUGA